AUGCUAUUUGAGGUUGGGGAACUGCUUGUAAACCAAGAGAAGUUUGUUUCCCAUUAUUGCUUUGAGGAGAUCAUCCUUUUCCAGGAGGGACUGAAUGUCAUUAAUGAUGUGUCUCAAGGGUUCAAGUCAGGAGCUGUAGGUGACCACCGGAGGGACUCUGUCAUCCCUGUCAUGGGGUGGGGGCUGCAGUUUGGGAGUGAGGGAAAGAACAGUGGAGCUAUUUCUGAACCCUCCCCUCCCCAUGCCUUCCUAGGAGUGUUUCUCAUUCCCUACCUGCUGAUGGCUGUGCUCGGGGGGGUCCCCAUCUUCUUCCUUGAGAUCUCGCUGGGGCAGUUCAUGAAGGCUGGGAGCCUCUCAGCCUGGAAUAUCGCCCCCCUCUUCAAAGGGUUGGGACUGGCGUCGCUGCUGAUCGUGUUCUACUGCAACACCUACUACGUGCUGGUGCUGUCUUGGGCCCUCUUCUACCUGGGCAGCGCUGUGGCCGGGGCAGUGGCAAGCGGCGGGGACCUGCCCUGGGCCACUUGUGGCCACUCCUGGAACAGCCCAGCCUGCCAUGAUGGGCCCCUUGGCAACAGCUCUCACAGCAACAGCUCCCAGAGCGAUGCUCCCUCCCGCUCCCCCGUGCUUGAGUUCUGGGAGAACCGGGUGCUGGGGCUCUCAGGGGUUCUGGGGGAGCCUGGGGAUAUGGAGGUGGGGUCUCUAGAAUCUCUAGAGGUCUGUGGAGAUGUGGGCAUCUCCUGAGGUUUGCCUCUGACCCCUGGCUCUUGCCCUUAGCAGGUGGUGUAUGUGACAGCGCUGCUACCCUAUGUGGUGCUGCUGGCACUGUUGGUACGCGGGGCCAUGCUGCCUGGUGCUUCCACUGGUGUCCGCUUCUACCUGCAGCCGGACUGGGCCCAGCUCGGCCGCCCCCAGGUGUGGAUUGAUGCAGGAACACAGAUCUUCUUCUCCUAUGCCAUUGGGCUUGGUGCGCUGACAGCUCUGGGCAGCUACAACCGCUUCCACAAUGACUGCUACCGGGACUCACUGCUCCUGGCUGCCAUCAACAGUGGCACCAGCUUCUUUGCUGGCUUUGUUGUCUUCUGUGUCCUUGGCUUCAUGGCUCAUGAGCAGGGCACGGAUGUGGGCACUGUUGCUGAUUCAGGCCCUGGCCUGGCCUUCAUUGCCUACCCACGGGCUGUGGCGCUGAUGCCAGUGGCACCGCUUUGGGCUGCGCUCUUCUUCAUCAUGCUGCUCAUGCUGGGCCUGGACAGUCAGUUUGUGGGUGUCGAGGGCUUCGUGACUGGCAUUCUGGAUGUGGUGCCACCAGCCUAUCAGUUCCGGUUCCAGCGCGAGGUCAUGGUUCUGCUAUGCUGCCUUGUUUGCUUCUGCAUCGACCUCUCCAUGGUCACUGAGGGCGGCAUGUACGUCUUCCAGCUCUUUGACUACUACUCAGCCAGUGGGACCACGCUCCUGUGGCAGGCCUUCUGGGAGAGCGUCAUCAUUGCCUGGGUCUAUGGUGCUGACCGGUUCCUGGAUGAUGUGUCCUGCAUGAUUGGCUACCGUCCUAGCCGCUGGAUGAAGUGGUGCUGGAUGGUGCUGACGCCCCUUGUCUGCCUGGGCAUCUUCCUGUUCCAUGCAGCAUCUUACCGGCCACUUACCUACGGCGGGCGCCACACCUAUGUCUACCCCUGGUGGGCCGAGGCUGUGGGUUGGGGCCUGACCCUCUCAUCUGUGCUCUGCCUGCCGAGUGCUGCCCUUGCCCAGCUGCUGCUCCAGCCUGGGCCCCUGCCCCAGCGCUGGCGCCGCUUGACUCAGCCUGUGUUUGGGCUCCAUCACCUGGAGUACAAGGUGCGGGGGGCCAGCGGGGGCCCCAGCCCUGUUGAAGAUGGCAACACCAAGGCUGUUGUCCUGGAGAGCAUCAUGUGAC